GUUUUACAGGUUACGCAUAAAUUACUUAACUCACAAACUAAUACCAUGUACUACAAUGUUGUGUGCUACUCAUUGAUGAUUGUUAGGGCUACUUCUUCUUCUUCCAAUCUUCCAUAUUGGCUGACUACACACUUCAAAGGGCUAUUUCCCUAGUUCAACCGACUCUACCCAAGCACACCAAAUUUUCCAACAACUCGUGCUUUAGUCCAACCAUCUUUCCAUCUUUCUGGAUGCUUUUGUUAGUCCUCCAAAUGGAACCCAAACCAAACCUUUAAACUAUUGAAACAUGUCACCAUUCACAUUUUUUAACUAACAAAAAACCAAAACAGAGGCUUACAAAUAAACCCCACCUUGAAGCCUCCUUUUCAUUACAUUUCCGAUCCAAGUCAACAAUGUCAGCCUAAGAUAGUCAAAGGUCAAAACCCCCACCCUCCACCACCCUAUUACCAAGUGCCAUCUCGCACCCUCCCUCCACCUCAACCCUCCCCAAUGCAACCAUUCCCUUCCACUCGCUUCUUCUUCCUCCUCCUCCUCUUCCUCCACCCAACGACACCCUCUCCUCCACCCAACAACACCACCUUCCGAAACUGCAACCAAACCAUCUCAUGCGGCCCAAUACCAAACCUCACUUACCCAUUCACCGGCGGCCCACGUCCAGAGUACUGUGGCCCACCGGGCUUCCAGCUAACCUGCUCCAACAACACCACCCUCGAGUUAUUAACCGACUCAGUGAGUUACCGAGUCAUCCAACUCGACCCCCGAACUCAAAUCAUGACACUCUCUCGGUCAGACCUUUACAACAACCCAAUCCCGUGCAUGCAAAAUUUUACUAACACCACUCUUGAUUCCACCAUUUUCACUCCAACUUCAAACAACGAAAAUUUAACGUUCUUUUAUGGUUGUUACUCCCUUAACACUUCCUCGUACAAACCUCCGAACAUGUUCACAUGUAAUAAUAGUGGAGCUUACUACGUUGUUGGUCCGGUUCCGGUUGAUCCAGCGUUUAAAGUUAUACAAUGCAAUGUUAGUGUUACAGUGCCAGUGCUUAGAAGUGCAGCGAAUGAGCUUGUAAGGAAUAGGUCAUUGCUUGGGGAGGUUUUGAUGGAAGGGUUUAGCGUGAAUUAUAGUAUUCCGUAUGAUGAUGAGUGUGCUAAAUGCCUUGAUUCUGGUGGAGACUGUGGGUGGUUUUCGAGUCGAGCUAUUUGCAUUUGUGGUGAUAGGAUUUGUGACACGACAGCUGAAAAGAAAACCGAUGUCAGCCUUAUAACAGGCCUUGGAAUAGCUGGUGCGGUUAUAGCUGGUAUACUUCUAGGCAUGGGAUUUUUAUGCCUCAGACAACGGAGACAGAAACUUGCAGCCCAGGCUAAGAGCAGAGACCUUCCAACACCUCCCUCAAGCAAAGGCCCACCUACUUCUACAACUAGUCUGUCUCAAAGCAUUCCUUCUUAUCCCACCUCAAACUAUGACCUUGAAAAAGGGAGCACCUACUUUGGAGCGCAUAUCUUCAGCUACGAAGAACUUGAGGAAGCUACUGACAAUUUCAAUCCUUCAAAAGAACUUGGAGAGGGAGGAUUUGGCACCGUUUAUUAUGGUGUACUCAAUGAUGGGCGUGUAGUUGCAGUGAAGCGCCUAUACGAGAGCAAUUUCAAGCGUGCUGAGCAGUACAUGAAUGAAAUCGAGAUCCUCACUCGCAUACGCCAUCCAAACCUUGUCACACUCUACGGAUGCACCUCAAGACGUAGUAGAGAGCUUCUUCUUGUUUAUGAAUACAUUCCUAAUGGAACUGUGGCUGAUCAUCUCCAUGGAAAGCUGUCAAACUCUGGUUUGCUUACUUGGCCUGUUAGGUUGAGUAUUGCAGUAGAGACAGCAAAUGCGCUGGCAUACCUUCAUGCAGCACCUAUCAUACAUCGUGAUGUUAAAACCAACAACAUUCUCCUGGACAAGAAUUUCCACGUAAAAGUUGCUGAUUUUGGUCUCUCAAGAUUGUUCCCUGACAAUGUCACCCAUGUCUCGACUGCUCCGCAAGGCACUCCUGGCUAUGUUGAUCCUGAGUAUUACCAAUGCUACCAGCUCACUGAAAAGAGUGAUGUUUAUAGUUUCGGAGUGGUCUUGAUUGAGCUUAUUUCGUCCAAGCAAGCAGUGGACACCAAUAGGCACCGGCUUGAUAUUAAUUUGGCUAACAUGGCUGUUAGCAGAAUCCAGAAUCACGCAUUGCAUGAGUUGGUUGACCCAUCUCUUGGGUUUGAGGACGAUUAUGCUGUGAAAACAAGGAUGACAGGGGUUGCAGAAUUGGCUUUUCGGUGUUUACAGCAGGAGAGGGAUGUGAGGCCUUCCAUGGAAGAAGUGUUGGAGACAUUGAGAGGAAUUCGGGAUGAAGAGUUGGGAGUGCAGAAGGCAGAGGUAGUGGAUAUUAGGUCAGAAGCAGAGGUGGUGGAUAUUAGAUCAGAUGAUGUUGGACUAUUGAAGCACAUUCCUCCUCCACUUUCUCCAGACUCAAUCAAUGAUAAAUGGGUUAGCAGCUCUACUAUUACUCCACCUAACUCCUUUUAGUUUCAAAGCAGACGACAUUUCCUUAUCUUUUUCCCCUAAAAUUCUAUAGUAGAGGCUUAAAAGCAUUGUAUGAUUAUAAUAUGAUGCAUCGAUCGAGCUCCAGCAAGAUCUUGCAAUGUUUAUAUUUGGGAUUCAUGUCACAUAGUAUAGUGCUAAUUAAUGAUAUCUAUACCGUUUCAAUUUGA